GAUCAGGCAAGACAAUACUGAGCAGCAGCACCGAAUCUGCAGAACAAAAUGAGCCUUUGCUUUAAAUAUCCAAGAGACAAAUGGAGGAGCAAGUAGGAAGCAGAGAGCACAGGAAAUCUGUGAGCAGCCCGAGACUAACGGGAGCUUCUCUCCGGUACGCUCUUGACUGGGGAAAGCAAAGACCAGCCAAGGACAAAGUGGUCCCAUGGACGUGACUGAGGGAAAGGCUGGGAAGCCCCCGAUUUCACACCAGCGUGUGCAAGGAUAUACAAGGAUGAGUGAGUGCUGGAGAAAGAGCCGCACGUCUGCUUCCACUCAGCUCUGGCAUUUCAGAAAGUAAAGGUUGCACAGGCAGGUGAGGUGCUGCCUCUCUGCGUGCUGGCCACAGGCUUGGUGCAAUACUGGGACUACCCCAACCCUGACCCUGCUUUCCUGCCUGACUCCUGCAGUUUUCUUCUGAGGAGCAGCUGAGAGAGAUGAAUCUUGCCAAAUGACAGUGAAGACAGCGACUCCACAAGAGGCAUCCCACCCUCCCAGGGAUGGCCAUCAUGCCCCGGAAGAGCCCAGGCAGCUGGGGAUGCACAGGCAGAGUGGAUGGGACAAGGAGUUUUUAUAAAGGUGGUAAUAACAAGGAGCUUCAUGAAACUAAAUUUGGAGAGAGAAAGCUCAGCUUUUUUGGACUGACUUUAUUCAGAGGGUCUUCACGUUCACUUUGUUCUGGUGGCUCGUUUCUCAAUAACUACUGAACACUGGUGCUUUGCCUCUAUUUGAAAACAAAGAAAUUCAAACUGCCUGGGAACUGAGAGCCUUGAGAAAUACUUGGAGAUAUCUAGAGACAAGAUACAUGGAAACCUCCUGCUUGUAGAUAGGCUAUUCUCUCAAAAGUGGAAACUACACAAGUAUGUAGAUGAGAGGGAAAAUCUCCCUGUCAGAUCCCAUUGAAAUCUCCAUUUUGGGCACUGCUGCUCCACUGCUGCUAAGGUCCUUCCAUCGUCCCACUGCAGCGAGCAGAGCCAACACUGGGCAACCCUCUAAAAUGUUUAUUUGGACCAGUGGCCGGAGCUCUACAUCUUACAGACACGAUGAGAAAAGAAAUAUUUACCAAAAAAUCAGGGAUCAUGAUCUACUGGACAAAAGGAAAACAGUCACAGCCCUCAAAGCUGGAGAAGAUCGGGCCAUACUCCUCGGGCUGGCCAUGAUGGUGUGCUCUAUCAUGAUGUACUUUCUCCUGGGAAUCACCUUGCUGCGAUCUUACAUGCAAAGUGUCUGGACAGAAGAAGCUCAGUGCUCGCUUCUCAAUGCAUCCAUCACAGAAACCUUCAACUGCUCAUUUAGCUGCGGUCCAGACUGCUGGAAAAUCUCUCAGUACCCCUGCCUCCAGGUGUACGUUAAUCUCACCUCUUCUGGCCAGAAGCUUCUUCUCUAUCACACUGAGGAAACAAUGAAAAUUAAUUCUGAGUGUUCGUACAUACCCAAGUGUGGCAAGAAUUACGAGGAAUCCAUGUCACUGGUGAACGUCGUGAUGGAAAACUUCAGAAAGUACCAACGCUUCUCCUGCUUCUAUGACCCCGAAGGUGUUCAGAAGAAUGUGAUAUUAACCAAACUGUACAGCUCCAAUGUGCUGUUCCAUUCCCUCUUCUGGCCCACCUGCAUGAUGAUCGGUGGGGUUGCCAUCGUGGCGAUGGUAAAGCUGACUCAAUACCUUUCCCUCCUCUGUGAGAGAAUCCAAAGGAUUAACAGAUAAAGAUGAAAACUUCUCUGAGAUUUAACUACAGCAAAAAUACUGUUUUCUCAUUCUUCACCAAAGAACCUUAAGUUUGUAACGUGCAAGUCUGUUCUAAGUUCCUGAUUAUAUUCUUAUAAGUAGAGCAAUAAUGCAAAAGCUGUUCUAUAUGCAAACAUGAUGUUAUUAUUAUGCAGACAACUGAAAAAAAUACUAUUUUGUGUUGACUGUCUAUAUGAUCUUGGUUUAUGCUGAGACUAGUACUUCUUUCUUUCUUUUCUAUGGCCAAAAUAGGGCUCAGUGUGAUCAUUUGCCAAGCUUAGUCAAUGAACGUUUCAAUGUAAAGGAUUGAGGGGGAAUUCACUGCUGGACAAAGGGCAGACAACCACUUGCACAUCACUGAGGUCUCACAUCUGGCUCAACCUAUUCAAUGGGUGUGUGGGGUGGUUGUAUUGUUAGACGCAGGGUGGGAGGAGGGGAGAAGAAAAAAGAAAUAUAGGAGUUUUUUAUGACAAGAUGGCACAAAAGGGCCACACUUUGAGGUUGGGAAAACCACACAUUAUUUUAAGCCUAAGAAGGACUCAAUGAUGCUUUGUGUUCACUCCCCAAGUCAAAGUAAAUUUUCUCUCCGGUGUUUAAGGUCUUUUGGAAAACCCUUUGGAAUCGUAUUUCAUUUGGUGUGAUAAUCUCCUUCUGUGUUAGUAACACCAUCUUUGUCACUUACAGAAGCUGUAGCCCAAAACCAAAAAUCACCGUGUUCCAUUUUCUAGUCUGAGCCCUAUUGAUGGAGAUGGGACCAGAACACCUUAUGUAAAGGUUUAUUAUUCAUUUGUCUUGUAUUUGCUACCAUAUCACUGUAAAGAAAAGAAAACUAACACAAUCAGCUAUUUUUUCAUUUUUUACUUCCAACUAUUUUAGAUUUUUUUACUUGAUAUAUAUACAGAUAUAUAUAUAUAAAGAAAAAGCUAUAUUACAACUAGUUGUGUAUUGGAACUUGAUUAUGAGGUUUUUUUCCUUUCUUUGUAUCAACUGGAAAGUGAACAGUAGAACUCAUGUGUUUAUAACCUUCAUCCUUAGAUAAUAUCGUAACACGGAAGAGCAGCACUGCAGGAUCUUAUCCAAUAUUCAUGAUGUUGUUUCAAUCAAAGGUCUCUGCUGCUGUGACAUCAGAAUUGACAAAAACCUCAUCCAGUUCUGUGGCUCUAUUAACUAAAUUGUUCGGUAAUCAUCUUAAUACAUCUGGAAAUCUCUCCUGACCUUAACUCAGGAUGCAGCGCUGGCUGACGUGAAUUAUGAUUUUAAAGGCCCAGGUGCAAUGAUUUAUUGGAAAAAAAUGAGAUUCUAACUACAAUGUUGUCUUAUCUGUCAAAUAUUUACCAUGGGGACCUUGCCAGCAUAAUUUCAUGCACACUGUAGUCACGAUUUCUGCAUAAUUUGUUUUUAUUCCCCUAUAGAAAUCAGUCCUUAUGUUAUGUUUUAAGGACAUCUCGCACAGUUUCAUUUUGCACUCAGCCUGAAGGACAAACACCAGGCAGCUCCUGUGAGCAACCUGUGAACUUGCUCUCAAAUAGCUCAAAGAAACCAUUUACAGGCCUAUUCAAACCAAGAAACUAACUUUUUUUCCCCUCAAGAAGACUGCAAAGCAAGAAUUCUGCCUAGCUCAUCUAUGUAUAGGUAACUUUCCACAGUGUAGCAUUAAAAAUUUCAAGAUGUUACAAAACUUUACAAGUCAUGCAAGUGUAAUGUGAGCUGUAAAAAAUAUGAGUUCUCAGCAGUGAAAACAAACCUGCAAUCUUGUAAUCAGUAGUAUAAUUUUCCUUAGGUAAAAGAAUUCCUGGAGGGUGGGUGGUAUAAUGAUAGCUCCAAAAACAUGUAAUAAAAAUAUUAAACCUUCCACAUUUUAAUAGC